AAAUCGGUCUGUUUUCCCGUUAGUCCCUGAAAUCCGAACGUUAGACCCGAAACCGACAGAUGUCUUGUACCGUUGCGAUUAGCUCGCCGGUAUUCUCGCCGUCCAGAGUUUCAAUCUCUUCCACUCUCACAUGCAAAGCCGCCGCCGCCGCCGCGGAGGAGACGCUGACUCGCGCCCUCUCCCCCUCGCCGUCCGCUUCUUCUCCGUCGUCACCGCCGUUUCGGAAUCUCCGGAUCGCGAAGCCGCCGCUAUGUGGAUUGAUUCGAGCUUCUUCUUCCUCCUCUGAUUGUUCUGCUUUGGCCUCCUCGGCUUCACCGGCGCUCUGGAAGCGAAAGCGGCCGGCCAGUUUGGAUAUUCCGAAUGUUCCGGUUGGAUUUGGGGAUGCUCCGGCCACGCCUUCUGUUAUGGAAGAUCUGGUGGAGUUUGAGGGAGAUGGAUACUCGGUGUGCUGUAAGCGCGGGAGGAGAGGACGGGCCAUGGAAGAUCGAUACUCCGCCAUGGUCGAUCUUCAUGGAGAUUCUAAACAGGCUGUUUUUGGUGUAUUUGACGGCCAUGGAGGAGCAAGAGCAGCGGAGUAUGCAUCACAAAACUUGACGAAGAACAUCCUGGGUGAGGUUGAAAAGAGUAUUGAUGAGGAUAUUAAGGAGGCUGUGAAGAAUGGUUACCUGAAAACAGAUACCGAAUUCUUGGAGCAAGAACUACGAGGUGGAUCUUGUUGUGUUACAGCUUUGAUCAGGGACCAAAAUAUGGUGGUUUCCAAUGUCGGGGAUUGUCGAGCUGUUGUUAGCAGAGGAGGAGUUGCAGAGGCACUAACUUCUGAUCAUCGGGCUUCAAGGGCUGACGAAAUGGAAAGAAUUGAGGCUUCGGGUGGUUUUGUAGAUUGUAAUUGUGGGGUGUGGAGAAUCCAGGGAUCUCUUGCGGUUUCCAGAGCCAUCGGAGAUCGGUCACUCAAGCAAUGGGUGAUUGCCGAACCGGAAACUAGGGUAGUCCCACUUCAUUCUGAACUCGAGUUCUUGAUCCUAGCGUCAGAUGGCUUAUGGGACAAGGUAAGCACACAAGAAGCAGUAGACGUUGCCCGGCCUUUCUGCAUUGGCUCCAACAAGCCCCAAAUGGCGUCAUGCUGCAAAAGACUCGUCGAUCUUUCGGUUUCCAGAGGCUCUUUUGACGACGUGAGUGUGAUGCUAAUUUCAUUGGGGCAUUUUUUGUAGGGACAGUCUUGCUCUUGACUGUCUUAGAAUAAGGAAUAACACUUCUGUCACUGCUGACUGACUUUUACAAAGACUUCUUGCCCUUUGCUGAAACUUUGAGGACACUUCUGUGACUGGAAGUGAGUUGGUCAAGAAGAUGAAGAAGAAGAAGACUAGUUUAGGAGAUCUAAUUAUUUGGUGCCUAAGUUUUGGGGUGGUUUUGCCAUAUUCUUUUAUACGAGUUCUUCGUUUGUAAAAAAAAAGUAAAUUAUUACCAUUUUU